AGUAUACUUUACCUGAAAAUAUAAUGACACAGGUUUUCAAUUCUCGGAACUGGCUGCUGCACGCCAGAUAUGUCAGAGGAGAACAUGUAAUGUGCUCAGAAUUAUCAGACGAAUUACAAAAUAAAAAUGGUAACAGACAUAUUUACGCGCAUUUCAUAAAGGGUUUAGUAUUAGCUGACGCCGGUCGUCUGCAGGAAGCUAUGGAUCGUUUUCACAGCUGCAUCAAAUUAUAUUCACAAGACCCUGAACCCCUAAAACAAGUAGCUAGAUGUUUAUAUCGUCAAGAUCGAUUCCAGUUAUCUUAUGAAGCUUAUCUGGAAGCUGACAAAUUAGCGAAACAUCCCGAUGCCGAAAUUUAUUGUGGCUUAGCCGAGUGUUCGUGGAAGGUUGGGGAGGUGGCACGCGGGGUGGAAUGGGCGCGGGCGGGGGUGCAGGCUGGAGGAGGUGAACGCGCGGGGGCGCUGCUGGCGCGUCUGCUGCUCGCCUGUGAUCAACUAGAGCCAGCAUUGCAGGCCUAUGAUCAAACUAUAGCUGCAAACGCUUGUGGCGCGGACACGCUAGCAGCGGCAGGUGCGCUACGGUUGCGCGCUGGGGACCCGCGUGGAGCCUUCCAGUUGCUGGGCGCGGCGCUAGCCCAGCAACCCGGCCAGCACGCCGCCGCACUCGCCCUGGCAGCCAUGCUGCUGCAGCACGGGGACGCGCCCGCAGCACUCGCCCGGCUCAAGGCAGCCCUCACCACGCAUCCAACGUGCGUCGCGGCUCAUUCCAAUCUAGGCCUAGCUCUGCUCACUAGGAAGAAGUAUAUUGCUGGGUUGACGUGUCUGCAGCGAGCAGUGCAAUGGGCGCCACUGAGCGCGCGGGCGGCGCACAAUCUUGCACUGGCCCUGCUCGUCUGCCGCCGGCCCGCAUCCGCCUUCUGCCGGUUGGCCAGCGCCACAGCACUGCAACCGCAACAACCUCACACGGUUCUCCUCCUAGCAAUAGCGUUAGAACGUCUAGGUGACAGUCGUGCUGAUGCAGCAUACGCCCGGGCGCUGAGCCUGGCGCCACACGACGCUCUCGUCAGCGUCAACGUGGCCGCGAGACACGGCAGGGCUGGCCGGCUGCAGCUCGCAGUGGAAGAGGCGAGCAAUACCUCACAGCUUCUGCGAGAUGGCAACAAGGCUGAUGCACACCUUGCAAGUUCUUUGUCAGUUCUGAUGAGUCUACUUGAAGAUGCCGGUGCGCAGUUUGAGAUGUCAAAUGCUCCGGUGCUUGAAAACCCGGUAGAAGAUCGAGAAGACCGGAAUGAUGUGAUCAAUGAUAACCUCGCUUCUGAUGAAAUGGAAUGCAAGGAGAGGAGAGCUGGUUUAGUUGUUCUACCGCCACUUAUCAUAGGUUACGAUGAGUUUAAUAUAGAAGAAACAGAGGAAGACGAGACUAAAAAUGUAAAAGAAAAUGCUGAAGAAGAUCAGAGUAAUACUUCUGAACUUGUACCUGAAGCACGCAGGAAAGCUUUCGAUGAAGAAGGAUCAAAUAAGGGAUAUGAAAAUUAUAAUUCACAUGUAACACAGCCAUAUUGUGAUAUUGUUGCUUUGGCAUUCUGGGGGUCCUGA